AUGGAUAAGUCGACAUUGAAGGAUGUGAUGGAAAAGUAUUCAAUCGAAAAAAGGUUUAAAUUCUUGGUGGAGAGGUCAAACUCUAUAAGCUAUACUCUUGUAUGUCAAUCUAAAGAAUGCCCAUGGCUGAUGAAAGCGUCAAGUAUUAACAAGUCGAAGAUGUUCAGAAUUAGAGUUUUUAACUCGGAACAUACAUGUCCUUUAAAGGAUGGGGUGCAUUCAGAUUGUCGUGCAACAAGUGGAUUGAUUGGAGGAAUAAUCGCACCUAAAUUGAGAAAUCACAAGAGGAAGUACACUCUAAAUGAUAUCAGGGAUGACGUUAGAUUGGACUUGGGUAUAAAUAUUAACUACAUGUUGGCAUGGCGAGCAAAAGAUAAGGCAUUAGAAUCGAUAAUGGGGAAACCAGCUGCAUCUUAUGGGAAGCUACCUGGAUACCUGCCGAUUGUUGUUGUAGACGCCAGCCACCUUAAAUCAACAUAUACUGGAGCAUUCGUAUCAGCCAACACUUUGGAUGGAGCAAGGAAUAUAUUACCUUUGGCAUAUGAAGUUAUUGAUUCAGAAAAUGAUGCUUCUUGGACAUGGUUCUUUGAACAAUUCAAAGAAGCUUAUGGUGAAAGAGAGAAUAUGUGUGUGGUAUCUGACCGACAUAAUAGCAUAAUAAAGGCUGUAUCUAUUGUAUACAACAAUAUCCAACAUUACGCCUGCAUAUGGCACUUGUGGGCUAAUGUAUGCAAGAAUUUUCGAAAAGCAAAUAAGCAAUUAAGUGAAGUAUUCUACACUAUGGCAAAAGCGUAUUCUCAAACUGAUUUUGAUAAGCUAAUGAAAAGAGUUGAGCAGUUUGAUGUAAGGGUGAAAAACUACUUGGAGUUGGUUGGAUAUGAGAAGUGGGCAAGGUUGUAUGCACCAGUUCCUCGUGGUUGGGUGAUGACGUCGAAUAUUGCAGAGUGCAUCAAUUCGACGUUGGUAGCAGCAAGAGAAUUACCAAUAUUUGACUUUCUUGAACAAGUGCGCUUGAUGUUUGCUAGAUGGAAUUGCACAAAUCGAAAAAAUGCAUCAUGUACUUUCACACUACUUGGGAAGAAGUUUCAGGAAAUGCUUGUGCUUAAUGAAUCAAAAUUUGGGCGUAUGACGGUUGUCCCGUCAACUGAUUACAUUUAUUCAGUAAGUGAUGAAGGGAAGAGUUAUAUUGUAUGCUUGGAAAAGAAGACUUGCAGUUGCAACAGGUUUCAAGUUGACGGAAUACCGUGCGCACAUGUGUGGAGGGUGUUGAACAAAAAACACAUGCUUCCAGAUGAAUAUUGUUCAGACUUUUACAAGCCAGAAACAAUAUUGAGAACAUAUGAAGUGCCUGUGUAUCCUCUCCUUGACAAAAGUGAAUGGAAUAUACCUGAACACAUUGAUACCGAAGUUGUGUUGCCACUAAAAUACAAGCGACCUCCAGGAAGGCCAAAGAAGCAACGAGAGAAGUCAUUUAGCGAGUUUAGCAAAAGGAAGGGUAUCAAUUCUUGUAGUACAUGUGGACAGCUUGGUCAUAAUAGGCGUUCAUGUCGAACUGCAACACGGAAUGCAUAG